AUGUCAACAAUGCUUCAAAGAUUUCAGGAGCAGGCUAUUAUCUUAAAAGAUCCUAAGCUGUUUAAGGCAAAACUGUGUAUCAUGAUGGAAGACAUUCCAAAACAAUAUAUACGAGGAAUGGUUCAAGAAUUUUUCAUGAAAAUUAAUUCCAUAGUCGCUGAGGAAGGGGAAGAUAACUUUAUAACACGAAUGUAUCCAGGUGGUCUUAAAAUAAUUCCUUAUCCAAUUUUUCAUGAAAAAGGAAUGUUUAUAAGUUUAAAAGAACUUAAAAAGAUGUUGGACAAAGAAGAAACAAUAUAUACAAAUACAAGAACAUUUUUACAAAACACAAAGAUCAUUAUGGCAAAAGUUGAGACAAGAGAUUGGAGUUCUUUGGAUAAUAAUUUUUUUCAAACUCGCGUGUCUACAUUAAAGAGAUUGCUCAAAACUGCCAUACACAUUGGUGUAGAAGAAAAUAAUCCGAAAAUUGUGGCCUUAAAGAAUCAUGAUACUGGAAUAAUAAUUGAUGAACCUGCCGUAGUACUGUCUGAAAUAUUUGAGGAACUUGAUAAUCCUACGGAACUCUUUUCGGAUGAAAAUAUAUUACUUUUCGAAGAAAAUACCAACUUUGUACGUUUAUCUGAUGAUGCUGGUGGUCAUGUAUGCGGAAAGCCUUGCAGAUUAGAGAAUAAGUGUAACUGCCAAAAAGUUUGCGCAAAAGAAAUAGGUCACGAGGAUAACGAACAUAUGUGCCAGUUAAAACGUCAUUAUUGUGGUAAACCUUGUUCUUUAUCAACAAGCACAAAAAAAGGAAAUUAUCAAUGCCCAAACAAAUGCAUUGUUUCCUGUGAGGAAAGGCAUGAUGUUCACCGUUGUGAAAAUGAAACAUGCCCUGUUCAAUGUCCUAUAUCAGGACAGGAGCAUCAGUGCCCGGAACUUUGCGAGAAGCCCGGGAUAUGUAAAAUUUUGACCGAGCCUCAAAGACAAGAGACGGAACAAGGAGUGAUUAGAAAAAUAAUGUAUACUCAACUAAGCGAAAGAAUGAUGUGUUGCAAAAAAAUUCCUCCUAAUGAGUUUAGGCAUAAGGGAAUGCAUUCACAUUCCCAUGAUAACGAUGAUUUUCAUUACUGUGAUGCUAAGUGCCAAUUUUGUGAAUAUUAUUGUACUUUACCUUAUGGGCACGAGCAACCAUUGCACGAAACUAAUCAUGGAAUUAUGAUUAAAACAAAAUUUAUAAGUGAAUAUAACUUUGUGCAUGAAGGUCGUAGACUGCAAAUGAAGAAUGGUAAUACAUUAUUUCUUUGCAAUUUGUAUUGUAAGGGAAAGGGAGGCCAUCGGCAUAUUGAUUAUUGCAAACUUGUGGAUACAUGUGAGCAAAUAAAAAAUCACUCAGACAUCAAACAUAUUAACGAGAAAGUUAAACCAAAUUCCCAUAUUGCCAAAGACCUUAUUUCGCAUCGUCUAUUCUGGGAACGCACGGGUUUUAAAGACCCUUAUUCAGUUCAAGAGAAAAAAGAGUUUGCUAAGUGUGGUCACGAAUGUUCUGUCGAGGAUGAUUACACAAUCUGCUAA